AUGAAAGUGGUUACAUGCGUACUAUUUGCUGUAGCUGUUAGUACCGAAGAGAGUUUUAAAUAUGAACAAAAACAUAAUUAUGGAUUAGGUAGACCAGUAAUAUUAAAUUACCGGAGAAUGUUCAAAGGUUAUCCAUAUCCUGAGCCCUUGCCAUCUUCCACAAGUUAUUAUAUUCGAUCUCCAUACAGAAAUCUCUACCAGGGUAAUAGAAAGAAACAGGAUAAACGAGUUUAUAGCAAGAAGUUCAAAUAUGCCCCAACAUCAACAGGAAAUCACAUGUCUUGUGAAGGAAUCUUUGAAUGUGUUAUAUCACACUUAGCUAUAGAGACAAAUGGGAAUACUCCAAUUGUACUAAGAGGUGGCGUCGGGUACAGGCACUUCACUGUGGUUAUCAAAGCACAGCCUGGAGACGAGCUGAUUGCCAGAGUCAGGGCAUAUUGUCCUCCGGAUCUCCCGUGA